CCAACAAACCACCAAGCAACUACCAAAAAGUGACACCAAAACCUCCAUUGCAAGUCCAACCGCUAGCUCGUGCUCUCCCUCCGAUCUCUCAUGGCAACGGCAGCGGCCAGUCGGCCCAGCGGGCCGGUCCUGUCGAUUCCCAUCUACCAUUCGGCCUCACCUACCCGUGUCAAGCUCUCCGCCGGCAGCGGCCUCCGUUCGCCGGGAAAGUUCGUCAGCGUCUCGUCGCCGAAGGCGUCGUCAGCCGCCGCGAAGAGCCGUCAGUCAUGCAUGUGCUCCCCGACAAACCACCCCGGCUCGUUCCGCUGCAGCAAGCACAAGGAGCGCAAGCACGAUGCCCCGGCCGGCCACAGCAAGCUCGCGGUGCCAUCCCUCUUCAGCGGCGUCUCGAGCGGCGCCUGCAGCAUGGGCGCUAAGCCCACGGGCAGCGCGCUGGUGCGGGUGGGCGGCGCCAUGGAGAGCGGGACUUGGGCGCGGAGGGCGCUCGCGCCGUCCCCGCAGUCGCAGCACCGGAGGCGCGCCGCCGGCGGGUUCCGCCCAAGGCCCAGCCGGCUCUCCGCCGUCUCCUUUGCCGGUGAGCGCGCCGGGGACAACAGACAGUGAGCAAACCAACCAACACCGUCGACAUGCCAUAGCAAAGAUGCUUGUACAUACUGUGCAUAGCAAAGAAGAAAUUCCCCGAAUAAUUCACCGGGAUCUUCCUGUCCGCUGUAAGUAAUUAGCCGGUGGAGACUGGAGUUUUAGAUUCAGUCGGUCAUUCCACAGACAGUAGCAGAGUUUGUAAUCCCCUCCUGUCCGAUGUGUUAUUUUGGAUAUAUACAUAGUGAGAAAUGGAGACAUGUUGAUACAUGGAUCAGGCUUAUCCACCA